GAAGCCCAUUCAAAGUCCCUGUGAAUGAUGUGGUGGAUUCAUCCAAGGUAAAAUGUUCGGGUCCUGGUCUGACUCCUGGUGUCGUCAGAGCCAAUGUCCCCCAGUCCUUUACGGUGGACACCAGCAAGGCAGGUGUGGCACCCCUCGAGGUUAAAGUUCAAGGUCCAAAGGGUGUAGUUGAACCUGUAGAUGUGGUGGAUAAUGCUGAUGGUACUCAGACUGCAAGUUACGUACCAAGUCGCGAAGGACCGUAUAGCAUCGCUGUGCGCUAUGGAGACGACGAGGUGCCUCACAGCCCCUUCAAAGUGAAGGUUCUACCUACUCAUGAUGCUAGCAAGGUAAAGGCCAGUGGUCCCGGGCUAAACACUACAGGUGUUCCAGCCAGCUUGCCAGUUGAGUUUACAAUUGACGCUAAGGACGCUGGAGAAGGCUUGUUGGCUGUACAGAUCACGGUAAGUGGAAAUAGGCCGCCGAGAUGGGAUGGCAGUUGCCCCCCCCCGUUCCUGCCACAGGCCCUGGAUGGUGAGCGCACGACCCCCCAGCAGAUGGCCCAGCCGAUGCGUGCCCCGCCCUACGCAUACGCACCUGGUGCACAGCAGCCCUGGGGACCGAAAGUAACAGCCACAGAUCGUCCUGUCAAUGGGCUGGAUGCUGGACUGCGGCCUUUCGACUUGGUUAUCCCUUUCACUAUCAAAAAAGGAGAGAUAACAGGAGAGGUACGCAUGCCCUCCGGUAAGGUGGCCAAGCCAGAUAUUACUGACAAUAAGGACGGCACAGUGACAGUGCGUUAUGCCCCCACCGAGGCUGGCUUGCAUGAGAUGGAUAUCCGUUACGACAAUAUGCAUAUCCCAGGUAGCCCCCUGCAGUUCUAUGUGGAUUAUGUUAACAGUGGCCACGUGACAGCUUUUGGUCCUGGACUCACCCACGGCGUGGUCAACAAACCAGCUGUGUUCACAGUCAACACAAAAGAUGCUGGAGAAGGUGGCCUAUCCUUGGCCAUUGAAGGUCCUUCUAAGGCAGAAAUUGGAUGUACCGAUAACCAGGAUGGCACCUGUACAGUGUCCUAUCUCCCAGUUCUACCCGGAGACUACAAUAUACUGGUGAAAUACAAUGACAAGCACAUCCCAGGAAGUCCUUUCACUGCCAAGAUUACUGGUGAUGAUACAAUGCGCAUGUCCCACCUGAAAGUGGGCUCAUCAGCUGAUAUUCCCUUGAACAUCACUGAGACAGACUUGAGCCAGCUGACAGCCACGGUGAUCCCACCUUCUGGCCGUGAGGAGCCUUGUCUGCUCAAACGCCUACGCAAUGGACAUGUCGGAAUUUCAUUUGUCCCCAAAGAGAUUGGAGAGCACAUUGUGAACAUCAAGAAAAAUGGGCUGCACAUCCCCAACAGCCCUAUCACGGUGAUGAUCAGCCAGUCAGAAAUUGGAGAUGCCAGCCGCGUCAGGGUCUCUGGCCCAGGACUCAGUGAGGGCCGGACCUUUGAACCUUCAGAGUUCAUCAUUGACACCAGGGAUGCAG